GACCGGUUCCCAAAACGGUGAGUUCUUCGCAUUUUCGCGACCCGGUGGGAUGGGGCGCCAUGAGCGGAAAGCGUGUGUGGAAGCAAGAGUUCUUGGCGCACCACGGUCGUGUCCAGUGCGCGCGCCUUGGGGAGAAGUCUGGCCAGGUCUACCACCUGCCAUUGUCGUUUUGGACUUGGCAGGUUCUUGCCACUGGUGGCGAUGACAAGCACGUCAACAUUUGGAAGGUAGGAAAACCAAAUGCCAUGAUGAGCCUGAAGGGACACACCAGCGCAGUCGAGUGCUUGGUUUUUGACAAGCAAGAGGAGGUCUUAAUCGUUGGCUGCGCUGGUGGUUCCAUGCAGUGCUGGAACCUGGAAUACAGGAAGAUGGCGGGCUCUUUAGCGGGCCAUCGAAAUGCCUGUACCUGUGUAGAGUUUCACCCCUAUGGAGAAUUCUUUGCUUCUGGCUCCAAUGACACCAACUUGAAGAUUUGGGACCUCAGGCGGAAAUCCUGCAUCCAAACCUACCCAGGCCACUCUGCCCCAGUGAGCAGCAUUCGUUUCAGCCCGCAUGGACGCUGGGUGGCGACAGGCGGCCUUGAUAACCAGGUGAAGAUCUGGGACCUGACCGCUGGGAAGCAGAUGAAAGACCUUGAUCUACACAAGGGCGCGGUGACUUCGUUGGCUUUCCAUCCCAAGGAGUACCUCUUGGUCUCUGGCUCGACGGAUCGGACGGUGAUUUUGUGGAGCCUCGAGACCUUCACCAGUGUUGGCCUUUCAACUGCGGGUAUGACAGCCGUACAGGCAGUGAAGUUUUACCCGGAGGAUCAGGCCAUCUUGAGCGCCUCACAGGAUAUGCUGCGAAUCCAUCACUGUGAUGCCAUCUCCAACACUUCGGAUGCCAUGGAAGUGGAUUGGAGGGGUUUGCAGGACAUGCGGAUUUGCUAUCCUGAAGAGAAACUUCUAGCGGUCUCAGCAGAAGGCUCCCAGCUUGGUAUUUGGGUGGCAGACUUGCAACGGAGGGAGGCGAAGAUUCCAGUCAGCCGCAAAGGCAGUGGCAGCUUUGCAAAUGCCCGUGUGCCACAGGCUCCCUGGCCAGAGGAGGAAUCCCAGCCAGAGCUUGCAGCAGGAAGCGAACGACCGAGCACGGAGCGGCCAGAGCACGAGCGCGUUCGGUCCGAAGGCGAUUUGGAUGAACCACCUCGGAGACCCGUGCGCGCUGAGAGGCCUACAAGCCCCAGGUCGCCACAGGCCAAAUCCCAAUCAUACAGCUACAAUGGUGCAGUGAACCCAGCUCACCCAACGCAUCCGCCAGCUCCGGCGCAAGCAGCGCAAGUGCCAUCUGUGACACCUGCGAGCCGGGCAAACCUGCCAGCUCCAACAUCUGGGCCCAACACGCCCACAGCAGCUUCACGACCGGCCGCAGGGCCGCUUCCAUCCGCAGCGCUUGGCGCCGCCCACAGUGGUCCCACUUCGAGUGGUCCGAGCGGCUCACGACCGCCUUCAGGAUCACUGUCAUCUGCAGCAGCUCCCAAUACGCCCACAGCUGCGACGCGUUUGGCGCCUGCUCCGACCAUGGCACCUGCUCCAGCAGCGCCUUCAGCGCCUUCACUGGCAGUGGCCGCGUUUGGAGAAAUGCCCCCUGUCCGGACAGAUUUGGAUACCAUUGCUGCGCAGCACCCCCAGAUGAUGGACGUGCUGCGGCGGAGAUUUGAGCAGACGCAACGGCUGAAAGAGCUUUGGGCUCAAGGGGACUUGGCCGGCAUCAGCGGCAUUCUCACCAUGCCUCAGGACCAGGCGGUGCUUUGUGAUCUGGCGCGGUCAUUGAUGAAGGGCUUGGGCUCAGAGCUGAACUUGGAUGCUUGCUCUGCAUUUCUGCCACUGCUCAAGGAGCUCUUGCUCACCAGCAAGUACGAGGACUUCAUUGCCACAGCUUUGGAGUUCACGCAGCUGCUGCUGGAAGAGUUUGGGCAUCUCAUUGGGGAGACCCGUGAGAGCUGCUCGAAAAUCCCAGAGCGGCAGCUGGACCUUGCUCGGGAACAACGCUUCCGGAAGUGCAAUGCGUGUUACGAGAACUUCAAAGAAAUCCACCGACUCCUCGUAGCAGGCCAAAACAGCAGUCGCUUCAGCAAGUUAUGCAGCAACCUGGAGGCCUUCCUUCGGCGCGGUGAGCGGCUAGGGCCCUGAAACUCCGGAAUCUCGAAGAGUUCCCCGGCU